CGUACAAGCAAAGCGGAAAGAAAAUGGCGGCCGUGGCUGCGGAGCCAGGAGCUGCUGCGGCAUCAACAACAACAGCGGGGAACAGUGGUGAUUUCGAACCGGAACCGGUGCCGGAGGCCAAAAUCGACUUCGAUGCGACGCAGGAGUACGCACCAGUAAUGGACCAUGUUCACCAACUCAAGGAUGGGGAUGCAGUUCAGGAAUGCAACCAGGUCCAAAUGGAGCUAGUGAGCAGGCCAGACCUAGAAGCAGCGGGAAAAGCCCUCGCUGCUAGUGCAGAGGAUGAACAGAUCGAGGCAGGCUGUCUUGGGGUCGGUGUAGAAAAAACGGAGAACCAUGCUCUCGAGGGCUUUGGUUCCAAAUACACCAUGUCGCGAGCGGAACGUUUGAAACAGUUUUUUUCGCCGAAUGUUGAACCUGCAAACGAGGUCAGUAAGCACGAGCCCUACGCCUGCCUUCAGAAUAGCCCCAUCUCCGAUUCACAGCCAUCGGUGGUCUUUUUGCAUUCGUUCCCUGCGCAACCUGUGGCUACGGAGGCUGGGCUGUCGUUAGCAGAACCAGCAGAACCCAUUAUAGAUUACGAUAAGAACCCAGAAUUAACCCAACCUACUAAUAUCGAGUGUGACUAUAGAGCUUUAAUUAAACCUUCUCACGAGGCUGAACUGGAUCCCGAACCCGCAGAUGAAUUUCCUUCUGUCUCCGUGUACAAGAAUGACGACCCCUCAGAAGCUGCUUCGCUUGAACGUCCCCAGUCCAUAGACCACGUCGACUUUCUACCAAUUCUAGAGAGGGAAACAGUCCUCGGGACACCCGUGGAGGCUGGUUACAUGUGUGACUUUUCGAGCAUAACAACCCAGAACAUUCCGAGACCCGAGGUUCCUCUAAUGCCAGUGGACCCGGUACCCUCCUCGGCAGAACUUGGAGACUCGUGCUCACCACAGAGGUUCGAAACUAAUUUCGAUGAAAGCGAUCCAGUAUCGAAACCCUCUCCCCCUGUGUCUGGUGCUGAAACUGAGGAGCUACAGCCUGAGUCUGUGCACAACCUGAUACCUGGGUCCGAGGUUCGAGUAUCUCUGGAUCACAUAAUCGACGACGCACUGGUGGUGUCCUUUCAGUUAGGCAAGAAAAUCUUCUCCGGGGUUCUGAUGGACCUAUCUAAAAGGUUUGGACCCUAUGGAAUUCCAAUCACUCUGUUCCCGGAGAGAGAAUACAAGGAGAAACCCGAAUCUAUGCAGCUAAAGACGGAACGACACCAGCCAGAGACCGAGAAUGUGGAAACGCCAGUCCAGGAAAACCCCGAUGGCCAAGUCGCCACAGUGCCCGAACCGAACCCUGACCCCCAGCCUAACCCAUGGACUUCAAAACCUCCCCCACUGUUUCAGGAAGGCGCCCCUUACCCUCCCCCUUUGUUCAUCAGGGACACCUACAACCAGUCGAUACCUCAGCCGCCUCCCCGCAAGAUUAGGCGGCCCAAGCGCAGGCUGUACCGCGAGGAGCCCACCUCCAUCAUGAACGCCAUCAAGUUGCGGCCCCGUCAGGUGCUCUGUGACAAGUGCAAGGGCGCUGUCACGACAGUGGACAAGAGGGAGCCACGCAGAGGCCCCGUGUCAGACUCUAGGAGCGAGGAUGCCAAGCGGAGACGCAACGACAGCGCUGUCAGCAAGCGGCCGCGCAAUGACCCCCGCUCAGAGGAGAAGAGCCGUGCUGCUGAGGUGGCCAAACGGCAGGUCUCCUCUUCUUCCUCCUCUCUGGGCCAGGUGAAGGGCGGAGCUGGAGGGAACAGGGUUCUGAGGGCGACCUCCACCACAACAUCAUCACCGCUGAACAGCGGCUCCAGAGUCCAGCUCAAUGCCAAGAAAGUGCUGCAGAGCAAAAAUGUUGAUCACUCCAAGGCCCGCGAGGUGCUGAAACUGGCCAAGGCCCAGAAGAGGCAGAGGGAGACUACGGUAGUCACUGACAGCAGUGGCAACGCCAAGACGAUGACGAGGGCAGCCGCCCUGCAGGAGGCCCACGCCCACCAGAAGGUCCACUUCACCCGGCGGCUGCAGCAGAUCAGCGGGGUGGGACCAAGCAGCGCCACCCCUCUGCCACCCAGGAUGCGCAUCAAGCCCCAAAGGUACCGUAAUGAAGAGAACGACUCUUCUACAUGUAAGCCGCCUUGCCUGGAGAAAGUGCCGGGAAGUGGCUGUUUGUCUCCUCCAAAGCCAGACGCGCCCCACUGCACCGCCACAUGCUGCUCCUCCUCCUCCUCCUCCUCCUCCUGCUCCACAGGCCAGGCCGCUGCUGCUGAAAGCCAGGGCCCAGAUAUCGGGCCAGAACCUGAGGUUUGUCCUCAGCCCCAAGUGGAGCCCCCCACAGCCACGGAGCACGGUGACCCCAAGGCGGAGCCGGAGGAGCAGGGGGGGCAGGAGGAGAGGCGGGAGACGCGUGGCAGCAAGGCUGGCAACCUUGUCGUUUUCAUGAACCUUAACCCCGGCCAGCCGGACUCCUCUAAUACCUCUAUGUGCAGCGUUGAUAGUGCAGACGACUUAAAGUCCUCGGACUCAGAGUGUAGCUCUACGGAGAGCUUUAACUUUCCCCCUCCCGGUCGCCCCUCGCCCCCUGUCCCCGGCACGUCCUCAGCGGUCGCUGAGCCGUCGCCUGCCCCUACGGAAGAGAAAAAGCCCUGUAAAUCUCAGAAAGUGUUUUCUAAAAAUGUGUCUAAGUGUGUCUCUCUGGAGGGCAGGACCAUUUGCGUAGGGGACAUUGUUUGGGCCAAAAUAUAUGGUUUUCCCUGGUGGCCAGCCCGCGUCUUAGGCAUCCAGAUCAGUCGUAAAGAUAAUGGGCUCUUAGUCAGGCAGGAGGCCCGUGUCGCCUGGUUCGGUUCACCCACCACCUCCUUCCUGGCUCUUGCACAGGUCGCCCCCUUUCUAGAAAGCUUCCAGUCACGCUUUGACAAGAAGAGAAAGGGCUUGUACCGUAAAGCCAUCACAGAGGCAGCCAAGGCUGCCAAGCAGCUCACUCCCGAGGUUCGCGCCUUGCUUACACAAUUCGAGACGUGAGGUGGUGUGCUUUGGGGGAAAAGGAAAGGUAGGCAAAAAUGGCACCCACUUUCGUCCCCCCCUGCAUCUCUCCCCUGCUCGUCACCUACAGGGCCCCCUCACCUUCCAGGGAGAAAGAAACUAAAUAUUUCAGGCCAGAACACAACCAGUAAUCUUUAAAAAAAAAAAAAAAAUUGUACGCUUGAAAAGGGACUGGAUGGUAUGGGGUUAUGAACCUUGCUGGGUAAAUAAGGAUGGCAGUGUAUUUUUACUUUCUCCUAUCAAGGAUCACCUUUUCCAACCUGGUGGAAAUCUAGUAAUUGUAUAUUUUAGGAACAUUUUUAUUCACUGGUCAGUGAUUUGGAAUAUUCUCCUUUUACUUCUUAAAUUGAAGCCUUUAAAUGUCACUCUUUGUGCAAAGAAACUUACGUCAUGUUUUAACACCGCAGGUUCAUAGGUUGAUCGAUCGAGUUCCGCUGCCAAUUGUCAAAAUCUUAGAGACAAAAGGGUAUUUCUUUCAGUCUAUGCAACAAACAGUUCAGUGUCAGAUACUGUGAAUGGAAAGAUACAGGAUCUGAGCAGGAGUAGAUAUUAUGUAUCUGUACGGGUGGAAGACAUGCUGUGAUGUGACCAGGAAGUGGACACUUGUGGAUUUGAAGAGAGAGCAGACAGAUGAGCCGGGGUGGUGAGGAACCUUUAAGCCAGACAGGUGAGCCGAGGUGGUGAGGAACCUUUAAGCCAGACAGGUGAGCCGGGGUGGUGAGGAACCUUUAAGCCAGACAGGUGAGCCGAGGUGGUGAGGAGCCUUUAAGCCAGACAGGUGAGCCGGGGUGGUGAGGAACCUUUAAGCCAGACAGGUGAGCCGGGGUGGUGAGGAGCCUUUAAGCCAGACAGGUGAGCCGAGGUGGUGAGGAACCUUUAAGCCAGACAGGUGAGCCGAGGUGGUGAGGAACCUUUAAGCCAGACAGGUGAGCCGGGGUGGUGAGGAACCUUUAAGCCAGACAGGUGAGCCGGGGUGGUGAGGAGCCUUUAAGCCAGACAGGUGAGCCGAGGUGGUGAGGAGCCUUUAAGCCAGACAGGUGAGCCGGGGUGGUGAGGAACCUUUAAGCCAGACAGGUGAGCCGGGGUGGUGAGG